UAGAAGAGCGAGGGGCGGAAAAAUAGUGCGGAGUUUUGGUGAUGUUCGGCGCGAUACCCUUCGAAGUUAUGGUUUAGGCGUGGGGACUUGCCUGCGGAAGGCCCAAGGAGAUUGCAGUCUUCAAAUGGAGGAAGACUACGGACUGGUUCGCAUGGUGCAGGGGCACCAUCAGGCGCAGGUGAAGCGGGAAGAAGUGGAGACGCCGCACAGCAGCGGCAUGUACUCCCCCAGCACUACCAACCUGCCGCAGGUGGAGUUCUCUGACCGGGCCGAGUUCGAGGUGAUGGACGUGCCGGACGGCGGCGGCACCAGCUACCCGGCGGCCGGCGAGCUGUGCGACAGCCGGCCGCCGUCGUCGCCCAGCGGCCUCGACAAGGGCGCGCUGUACGAGUCGCCCUGCUCGCCUGACCGCCAGUUCUGCUCGUCCACCACGCUGAGCGAGGGCGUGCAGUUCGAGGUGCGCGGCGAGGACGACGCGCCCAAGCGGACCUGCCUGGUGUGCGGUGACGUGGCCAGCGGCUUCCACUACGGCGUCGCCAGCUGCGAGGCCUGCAAGGCCUUCUUCAAGCGCACCAUACAGGGUAACAUUGAGUACACGUGUCCGGCCAACAACGACUGCGAGAUCAACAAGCGCAGGCGGAAGGCCUGCCAGGCGUGCAGGUUCCAGAAGUGUCUCAAAGUCGGCAUGCUGAAGGAGGGGGGGUACGACCUGGACCGCGUGCGCGGCGGCCGGCAAAAGUACAGGAGGAAUCCAGAGCCACCGUAUCAAAUGCACUCGGUGCAGGUGAAAAAGCCCGUCGCUAGAAGGUACGAGCAGCCGGUGCCGAGCGUGCCGCCCGACCGUCGAAUCACUCCCGACCUCGAGUACCGCACCGUCUCGGCGCUCGCCUACCUCGUCGACAAGGAGCUGGGCAACUUCAUCGUAUGGGCCAAACAGCUGCCCGGCUUCGGCAACCUGGAGCUCAACGACCAGAUGAACCUGCUGCAGAGCUCGUGGGUGGAGGUGCUGACGCUGUGCUUUCGCCUACCGCUCGCUGGCCGAGGGCGCCGCGACCUCACCCUCGAGGAGAAGGGUGGCGCGCGAACUUGCGGCCUCGAGCAGGUGUUCCUGCAGCGAUGA